AUGAGAGCUUACUGGUUUGACAACAAGGAGGUAAAAGACCCCUCACCCCACUACAUUACCCCUCCAUAUGCGCGUUCUAACAAAUAUAUUUUGCAACAGGGCGACCAACGCGAACUUCACGACUCCGGUCGCAAUGUUGACCCCGAAUACUUAGAGAAGCUUGGAGUUCUGUAUUACCACUUCGCAGAUGAAGAGGAUGUCGAUAAGCUUGCCCAUGAUAGAAGCUACAAAAACCGCGAUGUAAUUACGGUUUCACCAGAGAAAAUGGGCGACGUUUACGAGGAGAAAGUCAAGAUGUUCUUUAAGGAACACUUGCAUGAGGAUGAAGAGAUUAGAUACAUCAGAGAUGGGGCGGGUUUCUUCGAUGUUAGAAGUGAGGGCGAUGAUUGGGUUCGUAUUAGGUUGGAGAAGGAUGAUUUGAUCAUUCUCCCAGCUGGUAUUUACCAUCGUUUCACCACCGACGACAAGAACUAUAUACAAGCAAUGCGACUGUUCAAAGAGGAACCUAAGUGGACACCUUUGAACCGGGGCCCAGAAGUCGAUGCCAAUCCAUACCGCAAGGAGUAUUUGCAGACACACAAUUGA